AUGUCUGCUGCUGCUGCUCCAACACAACCUAAGCCCAAGCCCAAGAAGGGCAGAGGCCUUACCGACUUGGUCGCUGGUGGUACUGCUGGUCUUUUCGAAGCUCUCUGCUGCCACCCUUUGGACACCAUCAAGGUAAGAAUGCAAUUGUAUAGAAAGUCAGGUAAGAAACCUCCUGGAUUUGUUUCCACCGGUAUCAACAUUGCCAGAAAAGAGGGCUUUUUCUCACUCUACAAGGGUUUGGGAGCCGUUGUCAUUGGUAUUGUGCCUAAAAUGGGUAUCAGAUUCCAGUCUUACGAGUUCUACAGAAGUUUGUUGUACGCUCCAGAUGGCUCAAUCACUACCGCUCAGACUUUCGUUGCCGGUGUUGGUGCUGGUAUCACUGAAGCUGUGAUGGUUGUCAAUCCUAUGGAAGUGGUUAAGAUCAGAUUACAAGCUCAGCACCAUUCUAUGGCUGAUCCUUUGGAUGUGCCAAAGUACAGAAACGCUCCUCAUGCUGCUUACCUCAUCUGUAAGGAGGAAGGCUUCAGCACCCUCUACAGAGGUGUUUCGUUAACUGCUGCUAGACAGGCUACCAACCAAGGUGUUAAUUUUACUGUUUACUCCAAGUUGAAGGAAUAUUUGCAAGAGUACCACGGAAAGGAAGUUUUACCUUCCUGGGAAACCUCGUUGAUCGGUUUGGUUUCCGGUGCUCUUGGUCCUUUGUCGAAUGCUCCUUUGGACACUAUCAAGACCAGAUUACAGAAGACCACAUUUGCCUCUAAUGAGUCUGGUUUGGUCAGAAUUGUGAAGAUUGGUAGACAAUUGGUUAAGGAAGAAGGUACUGCUGCUUUGUACAAGGGUAUUACUCCUAGAAUCAUGAGAGUGGCUCCAGGUCAAGCUGUGACCUUCACCGUCUACGAGUUCAUGAAGAGAGUAUUGAACGGAGAAGCCUCUAUUGGCUUCAGCAGCAACAAGAAGUUAGAGUAA